AUGUUCGUCUUCGGUCAGGGCGCUCAGGCGGCUUUUACGUUCAGAACGUCGAAAGAGUAAGCCACACCAACAAUCCAAGCGCGCCAGCUCUGAAAGACUGACAGUACCUCGAGGACCUCUUUCGGCGGCCCUCAGACCCAGCACGACGGACUCGCGAGGGUCUCCUUUCUCGACCUGGCAGCUGAAUUGCGCAACGAAGUGUACGCCCUCGUGCUACUCGAAGGCGAGGCGAUCGUGGGCCGUUACUGCGGCAUUCCCCGGCGGCACAAGACCAAGCUCGCCCUCGUGGGCGCCUCCCGCCAGAUCAGCAAAGAAGCGACUCCGGUCUUCUUCGGCGGCAACACCUUCGAGUUGGAGGGCGCUCUCUCAAUCGAGCGCAUGCUCCACUGUCUUCGGCCGCCGAGUCUCGACAGUCUGCGUGUCGUCCGCUUCGUCGACACGAUCAACGUCGCUCCCCCUCUCGAUGCUCUCGGUCGGAUUUCCAUCAUUGAGAGCUUUCGAUCCCAAAUCCAUCGGCUCAUGGACGUACGGAAGCAGCACCAUCUUCGGCCGGAAAUCUUUCAUAUCUUCCUACCAAAACGCCGGGAAGACCAUUGCCUGGUCUAUGGGUUUGCAUUCGAGAAGCUCAUGGAGAUUGGUGUGGUCAAGAUCGAGAAAGAGGCCGGACGCUGGAGGAUUGGUUUCGUGUCUCCGGAAAUUAUUCAGAACCUUCCCCGAGCAAAUGGAGAUUGA